AUGGCAGCCAUUAACAUUACCAAAAACGCUAUGCUCAAUCUCUCAAAAGCCUUCUUCCCUCGGUCCCCUUCUCUCUUCCCCAAUUCAAGGCGUAAAGUCUCGCGAGUUUGCUUCACUACCUCUGCCUCCAAAUAUAACGAGGGACGGCAUGCAGCGGAAGAGGAUAGAGACCGGGCGGAAGAUUACGCUGAGAGUGCGAAAGAAACUGCGAAUGAAACCAUUGACAAAACCAAAGAGCGAGCGGAGAAGGAGAAGGAGCGCUCUAAGGAAAUGAAAGAGAAGGCAAAAGGAAGUGCAGAGGAAAAGAAGGAGAAGGCGAAGGGCUAUGCGCAUGAGACAACGGAAAGUGCCAAAGACAUGGCACAGUCUGCGGCUGAGAAGGCUAAAGAAGGGACGUAUAAGGCAGCAGAGACGGCUGAGGGAACUAAAGAAAGAGCGAAAGUUUAUGCAUAUGACGCAAAGGAGAAGGCUAAAGAAGGGACAGAGAAAGCGGCGGAUGCUGCACAUGAUGCGAAAGAGAAGGCAACAGAUUAUGCGGGAGCGGCAGGGGAUAUGGCGAAGGAUGGGACUGUUAAGGUGGUUGAGACGGUGGAGAGUGUGGGAGAGAAGGCGAAACAGACAGUGAAGGGAGCUUUGGAUGCUGCUAAGGGAACUACACAGAAGAUAAAAGAGACUAUGGUGGGGAAAGAUGAUGAUGAUGAUGAUGAUGAUUACAAGAGGGAGAAGAGGAUGGAUGAGGAUGUUCUGGAGUACAGGAGAAGUGCUGCUUCUGGAGAGAGUGACGAUGAUGCGAAUAAGAAGAAGAAACAUUGA